AUGGGUCUCGAAGGGAGAGCAAACACCAUGAUUGGUGUCUCCAGCGCAUAUCUAGUCGUCGCAUGGAUCGCAUUCUCAUUACGGACCGUCGUCAAAGGAUAUAUCAUGCGUUCAUUUGGUCUAGACGACUGGCUUAUGGUCAUAACAAUUCUCAUCUUCACAGCCGAUAGUGGCCUUCUCAUUGCCAUUGGACGGAAUUUGAAAGAUGUCGAGGUUGCCACAGUCUAUGUUACUUACCAGGUUUUCCAGUUCGCUUUCUACACUCUGGGCAACGUAUUCCUCAAAGCCUCGUUGGCAAUCACCUUCAAUCGCAUCCUCUUGGAGAGAUGGCAGCGUAUUGUCGUGCAGGUCUGCGUUGGUAUUCACACAGCCUUCGGCCUUGCUACCUUCUUCUUCACCAUCUUCCGUUGCGGCAGCCCGACCAACUUUUACAGUCGCUAUCAUCACUCUAUGUGUGUCAGUUGGGACGCCAUGCAAGGCAUUCAAUACACAAACAGCGUCAUCAAUACCUCGGCAGACUGGCUGCUCACACUCCUGCCCAUCUUCGCUCUCCGCGCCAUGAAGAUGAAUCACCAGGCCAAGAUCUCUGCUUGCUUCAUUCUCGUGCUCGGAUGCGUCAGCAGUGUCAUGUCCAUGCCUCGCUUUGGCUUCAUCCAAGCACUGGGUGGAAUGGGAUCAGAAUUUUGGACCAACGCGUACCCGGUAGCCGUCCUGAGUGUGGCUGAGGUCGGUACUGGAAUCGCUGCCGCCUGUCUUCUCACUCUGCGUCCCUUGAUCAGAAGCUGGCGCGAACGCAGCGACCACUCUUCAGACAACCCCAGACUCGACGCAAUGGAAGAGGCAGAGUUUGGUGAAGCCAAGGCUGUCAGCGUGCGUUCCAUAUCCGCUUCUUCCGUAUCCGACGGCACCGACUCGAUGCACAAAGUCAAAUCUAUCCCUGCUCCGGUCGUCAUCAACGCGACCGAGGUGGAUAUUACACCUCAGCCUUCGCCUGUCGAAACCUUCGUACGAAGACGUUCUUCUUGCAGAGCACCAGACGACGCCACACUCCACGAAGAUGAAGACGCCAUCUCCCUGGAAGAGGUCACCAUCCAACGACCGGAGCAGCGCCAACAGCCCGAACAGCGUCAGCAAUCCCAAUCGCCCGAGCUCACCCAACGCAUCACAGAAGACUCAGGCGUCAGACCCUGGGUCAAGCCUGUACAAAUCGAGACCAAGAAAGCCGCACGCGACAGAAAGCGAUUGACGUGGAACGACUUGCACGCUCAAUGGAACAAUAUGCACGUCAGCCGUGCUGCGUACCAUGGUCCGGUCAAGGAGGCACCGAAGCCUAAGCGAAUGAGUCUGAAGAGACUUACGAUGCUGUUCCCCAACUGGGAGGUUGAGAAGGAGUAG